CCUUGGCAUAGUAACGGCAGUACUUCACCUUGCAGCCCACGCUCUGCAGCCCGCCACCGCCACUGUUCAUGGCAGGCGGGGACGGGAAAAGACUGGAGAAAGCCACCUCAGCGGCGGAGAACGGCAGCUGCAGUUCCAGAUUCCUUCCUCUCUAGCCCUUUACGUUUUCCACACACCUAGUUUCACCUAGCUUCCUUCCCCUCCUCCACUCUUUAUUCCUCCACUCUUUUUCAGUCCUGAAGAAGAAUCUCAGCCCGAAACGUCGAUUGUUUACUCAUUCCCAGAGAAGAUGCUACCUGACCUGCUGAGUUCCUCCAGCAUGUUUUCUUAAUGUUGCACUUCCUGUGAUUUCUGAACAAAGAGUGAAAAAACAAUCAUCUCAUACAAAAUGCAUUUUGAUCGAUCUUACCGAUAUGGAUCGUCUAGAAGCAUCACAGAUAUUUUCUGAUGAAAAUCAGACCCAAACUCAAAGCUUUUGCGAUGGCAAAAAAUCAACAAGAAGAAAAUCUUUGGUGAAUAAAGCCAAUGAAUUUCAGGUUGAUACCACAGAACUUAAUGUUUUGGAUGAUAUAACCCUAAAAGCUAUCAUGAAUACUACUGGGAACAUAUCUUGUCAUUGGAGCUUUAAGAAUAGCAGAAUUCCAUGUAAUAUGAAGAACAACACAUUGUACAGUCAAGUUACGAGUUUUACAAUUUUGCAAAUCAGGGAAAGGCACUCUGGUGUAUAUUCUCUUACAGUCAAAAACGGAAAUAGAAAUUGGACAAUUAAUUUUAAAGUUGUUGUUAGAGCAAAACCCAAGAAGCCAAAGUUGACAAUGACACGAAUGCCACCUAUGUUGCAUUGCACAACAGAAAAUUACUUUGUCCCUCAGCUUUCUUGGAGACUUAAGUGCACAAGUUCUUCACUUAUUCCCGCUGAUAAACAUCAUGAAUCCAUUGGAUCAUUUGGAGUGACAAGACUAACCAAACUGAUAAAUGCAAUCAAUCAAGAUAUUGGAUGUUGUUGUGCAAGUAAUAUCCAGGGGUCAGAGUGUUCAAGCCUUCACAUUCUAGAUCUUAAUACCACAGCAGAUAACAGAAGUUCAGUCACGUAUGUUUACUUGAAAGUUGGAGACCCAUUUCUGAUAGAAUGUAGAGCUUUAUAUCGCAAUUACAAAUUCAAAAUAUUCUGGAAAAAUGACACAAAAGCAGGAAAUACAACAGAGGUCUUGAAGGAACAAAAUGCAUUAUCUCGAAGAGAUGGAUACAGAAGACAAGAAUUCGUGUUUAUUAACUCAGUAAGCUUGAAAGACAGUGGAUCAUAUACAUGUUCUUCUACACAGCAUCCAAGCAAGACAAUCAACUUAAUGGUAUUUGCGGAAGGCUUUAUAAAUUCAUCAACUGUAAAUGAAGUUUAUAGUAUUGGUAAAGAUGAAGACUUCUGCUUUGAAGCCAAACUUAAUGCAUUUCCACUUAUAAGAUGCCAGUGGUAUUUUUCCAAAACAGUCUUCCCAUGUGAACCUACAAAUUUAUUUGGAAACAGCUUUUCUGCAAGAUUUUGUGAUCAUGGACAUAAACCUGGAAUCUAUGAAUUAUUUGCCGAAAAUGAGGAAGCAGAAUUUCAGACAUCUUUUACCUUAUAUAUAAAGACAAAACCAUCUCUGACUCUUUCAAUGACAAAAACACAUAUUUCAUGCAUGUCUACAAGUCAUCCUUCAGCCAGAUUAAAUUGGACAAAAUGCACUGGAGAGCUUUGUACUGAAGGUGAACCUGUCACAGAAGGUAUUCAGACUGAUCAGUCAGGAGGAGAAGAAUUUGGCUCCAAUAUCACAACAAGUGUACUGGACACACGCACCAUGGUGGGUGGGUUUGUGAUGAGGUGCUGUGCAGAAAAUGUCAUAGGUUCAACCUGCAAGGAGACCUUCCUUCCAGAGCAAGAUAUGAAAUUCCUGCAAUCUUCUUUCUACAUCACAGCUGGAAUUUUUAUUCCAUCUACGAUUCUGUUAAUCAUUUUCAUAUUCUACAGAUAUAAGAAGCAUCCUGGCUAUGAAGGACAACUUCAGAUGAUACAUCAAAUUGGAUCUUCUGAGAAUGAAUAUCAUUAUGUAGAUUUUAGCCAAGUGUCAUAUGAUGUGAAAUGGGAAUUUCCUCGAGAAAACUUAGAACUAGGGAAUGUACUUGGCUCGGGUGCAUUUGGAAAAGUCAUCGAAGCUACAGCGUAUGGAAUUAGUAAAGUUGAUGUUCCUGUUAAAGUAGCUGUGAAGAUGUUAAAGGAGAAGUGCGAAUCUUCUGAAAAAGAUGCCUUGAUGUCUGAAUUGAAGAUGAUGAUUCACAUGGGGAAUCAUGAGAACAUUGUGAAUCUUUUGGGAGCUUGCACUCACUCAGGUCCAGUUUAUUUAAUCUUUGAAUAUUGUUGCUACGGAGACCUUCUUAAUUACUUAAGAAACAACCGGGAAAAAUUCCAUAGGACGUUAACAGAUGUCUUCACACUUAACAACUUCAGCUUCUAUCACAACCUUCACAAUGACCCGCAGUUAAGGUACGAUAGUGGAAAUUUUCUGCAAAAUGGAUCAUAUAUACCAAUAAACAGAAAGACUGGUACAGAUACCUUCUCACAUACAAGUGAACAUGAUUUGUUAUUCAGUGAGAAUGAACUAACUAGUCCCAGCAAUUCAGCUGUAUAUCAGAAUACCAAUAAAUAUGAAGAUGAUGAUCUACACGUCCUUACUUUUGAAGAUCUUCUCAGCUUUUCAUACCAAGUUGCCAAAGGGAUGGAAUUCCUCACUUCACAAAGUUGUAUUCACAGGGAUCUGGCAGCUAGAAAUGUGUUAGUGACACACGGGAAGGUAGCAAAAAUAUGUGACUUUGGAUUGGCAAGGGACAUCAUGCAAGAUUCCAAUUAUGUCAUCAGAGGCAAUGCACGUUUACCUGUCAAGUGGAUGGCUCCUGAAAGCUUGUUUGAAGGCAGUUACACAACCCGUAGUGAUGUCUGGUCAUAUGGAAUCUUACUAUGGGAAAUAUUCUCACUUGGUGUCAAUCCAUAUCCUGGAAUCCAAGUAGAUUCGAACUUUUACAAGUUAAUUAAGAGUGGAUUUAAGAUGGAGCAACCAUUUUAUGCAACAGAAGCAAUCUACAAUGUGAUACAAUCCUGCUGGGCUCUUGAUCCAGGAAAAAGACUCACAUUUUCAGACUUGGUUUCUAUUUUUGAAAAGCAUCUUGCAGAUGCCGAAGUAGCACUUUACCACAACAAUAUGGAGUGCAAAUGCAAUUCAAACUAUAAAAACCUACCCAUUAAUUCCCAGAAGAGUGUCCUGAACCAGUCUGCGUCAUCACUGAAUGGAAACAUUCUACUGGAUCAAGACAUCAAAGACUAGUCUGUCUUCUAUACUGACCAAUAAGAUAUGGGUAGCUUCACUGGAUUCGGUGUAUUUUUAUUUUUAAACUAAUCAUGAAUUUCAAAGCUGCUAACAUGUAAUGCUUCAAGCUAUUUGAUUUUUGUUGUGUUGCAACUAAAUUGUUCUGGAAAGUAGAGUUGUCACAAAUUUGCACUCAGAUUCAUUUUAUUAUCACACGUACAUCAAAAUAUCUGAUGAAAUGCGCCAUUUGCAUCAACAGCCAACACAGCCUGAGGAUGUGCUAGGGCAUCCCGCAAGUGUCGCCAUUCUGGGGUCAACAAAUUACACACAGAAUACUCAGCAAAACAGCACAGAACACAACAAGCAACAGCACAACAACAGCAAAAGAAGCCCCAUUCCUACCUCCCACCCAGCCACCCAUGCACCUACACAGUCCUCCAACCCAGAACAGGUUACCUCCAGUCCCCUUGCAUGUUCCCCUUUGUAUUACAAACUAGUAGGUUUAAUAACUUUCCCAAAAUUAAGUGGAUCUUAAGUCAUGAAAGCUGACAGAAUUUAUAAUGGAAAACUGAAAGCUGAGAUAUUUUUGAGCUGCUUACUUGAGGAGUUAGAUUUUAAAGAAUAUUUUAAAGGCAGAGAGAGCAAAAAAAAACCCAAGAAAGAGGUGGAUGAACUAGGAUUUUUUUACGGUUCAUCAUACUGAUAUAAAGAUACAAAAUCUGGAAAAACUCAGCAAGUCGGAGCCAUAUGUGGAAAGAGAAACAGAGUAAAUGUUUCAGGUUGAAGACCCAUCAUCAGACACUCUGUUUAUAAUUUAGAGUGUGGAUGACUGAAGGUACAGGUGCCAUGGAAGGGUUCAGUGCACUGGGCUAUGUGGAGAAGUACAGGCAGCAGGAAUGUAUGUAGAAACCCUGAAAUGUUAUAGGGCUGGAAGAAGUUACAGGGAUAGAAAGAAAUGAGGGUAUGGGGGGGGGGCUUUGUAAAAAUAACAACACUACUAGGGUACAUAGAAGAACUUCUUGUUUCCUUUCCCUAGAAAUUAAUAGAAGUGAGUAAAAUCCAUAAUAGAGAAUAUUUUGCAUGUUCUGUGAGACAAAUUAGGGUAAACACAUGUGUUUAUGUUAUAGUCAGAGUAAUGUCAUUCUUCCUCUCUUUAUCAUAUUAUUUGUUUAAUCCAGUCAUUAGAUGUUGGUCUUAUUGACAGAGACAUCAAUUAAUCCCAUCCUUAAUUGAUUUUCAGCAGAGUGGCUUCCUAAACUAACUCAGAGGUAAAUUCAAAGUGAAGCACUUUGCUGUGGAUCUAUACCAGCACAGAAAGCAAUAAAUUUCCAUUUUUUGAUGUUUUAGAGAGUUGCUGCAAUCUUAAGCAAAAAAAAAAACUGCUGGUUGAACUCAGCAAGUCAGGCAGCAACUGUGGAGGGAAAUGGACAGACAUCAUUUUGAGCUGAGACCUUUUACUUGGGCUUCUUCCAGCAUCGUUCUUGGUAUUUUAGAUGACUUCUGAAGUUUUAAGUGUCUUGUCAUGCAUUGUAUACAAGCAAUUAUUAUGAAGUAUUUAAUUCAUGACUAUGUGUUGAACAAAAGGACAUGUUGAGUCAGCUGAUUGUAUUCAGAGCUAUUAAAGUUAAAAUCUGUGAUACUGGGACGAUAGUGAGUAAUAGGCUGCACAUCUUGCAAGCUUUAGACUGUGGCAACAGGAAAGGCAAAAUGCAGGAAUUUCAUGUUAAUGUUAAUUAUGUCUCCAAAAUAUAGAGUUCAUUCUUUGGAUUAUUAAAUUAGGUUUGAUGGUUUCUUUCCAUCAUGCAUUUUUUAACUUUUUUCAUUUUUAUGUCUUUUCUGACACUUUCUAACAUUACCCAGCCAAGCAAACAAGUAGGUGAUUAAUCCGCUGCUAUUAUGGAAGCCAAUGAAGUUAAAAGGAGCUGAGAGUUUCUCAUAUUCCAUGUGGCAAAUGGCUGUUCUUCAGGCAACACCUUUCUCUAAAGACAGCCAAUAUCAGAUACGCAAAGGGGAAAUCAGCAGGUGACAAGCCAUGACCCCAAUAUGACACUGAGGGAGUGCUCUAAAUGAGAAGUCGGUGUUGCACUAUAGAUCAAUAUAAAUAUGUAAGAUAUACAGUAUUAGAAAUAAGACAGUAGCUAGGGAAAGAGGAGGACCCCUUGGGGACCCAAAGGAAAGUCUUUUGAGUGAAGCCAGGGGACAUGUGUGAGUCCUGAGUGAACGCUUUGUAUGAGGAAUGUCUGGCAGCUCUUGGACUGUAUUCCCUGGAGUUGAGGAGAAUGAGGGGGGGAUCUCAUAGAAACAUUCCGAAUGUUAAAAGGGCUGAAAAGAUUAGAUAUGGCAAAGUUAUUUCCCAUGGUAGGGGAUUGUAGGACAAGAGGGCACGACUUCAGGAUUGAAGGACGUCCUUUUGGAACUGAGAUGUGGAGAAAUUGCUUUAGUCAGAGGAUGGUAAAUCUGUGGAAUUUGUUGCCACGAGCAACUGUGGAGGUCAAGUCAUUGGGUAUAUUUAAGGCAGAGAUAGAUAGGUUCUUGAUUAACCAGGACAUCAAAGGGAAUAGGGUGAAAGCAGGGGAAUGGGGAUGACUGGAAGAACUGGAUCAGCCCAUGAUUGAAUGGCAGAGCAGACUCAAUGGGCCAAAUGGCCUACUUCUGCUCCUAUAUCUUAUGGUCUGAUCUGAAGACAACAUUAGAUAGACUAUGCUUGGAAUAUUAUGUGUAUAGGAGCAAUGUCACAAUGCUAGAAAGAGUGUAGAAAAGAUUCACCAGGAUGUUGCUUAAAGUGAGAGAUUUAGAAACAAGUUAAGAAAAGAAAGAAGCUGGACGAUCUUAUUGGAGCAAACUGGCUGAGGAAUGAUCACAUAGUGUGUUACAAAAUUGUGAGAGGCAUAGGCAGGGUAGGUACUCGUAGUCUCUUUCAAUGGACAGGGGAGCUUAAAACUAGACGACACAAGUUUAAGGUGAGUAGGGAAUGAUUUAAAGAAAAUCAGCUUUUCUCACAGAGAGUGGUGGAUAUAUGAAACAAGCUGCCAAAGGAGGUUGUAGAGGCAGGUGCAGUCAUAACAUUAAAAAAAAAACAUUUGGACAGGUACACAGAUGGGAAAGUAAUAGAGUGCAGGAAAAUGGGAUUAGUGUAUUUAGGCAUCUUGGUCAACAUGAACUAGUUGUACCAAAGGCCUGAUGUGUGCUGACACGCUCUAUGGCUAUAUGUUUUCUAAUAUUCUUUACUUUUGGAUUUUUGCUUCUGUAUUUUAGAAUUAGUAAAAAUUGUAUUUAUAUUACUAUGUGAUCAUGUUCUCUGGAAGCAUUUCACCAUUGGGGUAUGUAUCAGUCCUACUCAUUAAGCACUCUUCAUUACAGGCUUACUGAGUAACACCAAGCUUCAGUAGUCAAGGCUGGCACAAUAGCACCAUUUUUUUUGGAGGUGCAGUCCAAAGAAAGACAACUUUGGAUUAUUGGAAUCAAAAGUAAAACACAAUAUUUUUACCGAGCUGGUCAGUUGUUUACUGAUUCUGAAGAUUUUGUAAGAAAUGGAUAUGGCAAAUUUGCCAAGAGUUUUGAUCCCAGAUUUACAUUUGAGCUCAAAACCCAUAUGUACAGAACAUAACAAUUUUGCACUGGACAUUUAUAUAUCUGGUUUGCUUAUAUUAAAAAUAAGCAUUAUAAAACAAUAUUAUUGAAAGUAAUCAUUUGUUCUGAUAGAUAUGAACCCACCUACUUGCUAUUCCACUUUAAUUAUUUUCCCAGAAUUAUCUCUUGUCUUUGUACAAAUUGUUUCCAAUACCUCUCUACUAGCAGUUUUAGAUUUAGGAUCCUUGUAAUUAAACAGUGCUGCUGGUUUCCCCUACUGCUAACUUCCUCAUUUUGAGUCUGCGACUUGCUAUAUCUGAAAUACAAUGUAAGUUUUCUAGUAUUCUGAGCUUAUGGAAGUAUUGUUCAGUGUGCAGCCAGAUUCUUUUCUGUAGAAAGAGGAAGGAAACUGAACAGAGAAAAAUAUCAAUGUUGCUUCCAUGUCCAUCUGAGCAGCUGGCUACUGUUCAGCAUGCUAAGCCUGUAUGAUGAGAGCUUAUGGGCAUGAAAGUGCAACGUACUGCUUGGGCACUGAAGUAAAAGGAAUUAAUUAUUGAGAUUUGCAGUACAGGUGAACUGUGCCAUACUGUUGGAAUAUAUCUGGCUUUAAUUACUAAGUGUGAAAUGGGGAAAUAAUUAUUCCUACACUCCUCAGCUUGAUGUGCUCCCAUCUUGAAAAGGCAGAAAACUUACUUACCUACACAUCAUAGCUGCAAGGAUGAUUAGAAGCUAUAACACGAUAUACUGCUGCUGUAACAUCUUGAAAAUAGCUUUUAAUGACUCCAUUUCCAUCUUCUUGUUCAUUAUUAUAUUUAUACUAAUGGCUAUUUGAAAAUUGUAUUUUUAAUAGAGCACUUCUCUUUAUAUUACAUUUGAAUAAAAUUUGAUGUAAAACUUCA